AUGACGAUCACCGCCAGGGAACUCGAUCAUCUUCCGGUCCUUCCGGGCGUGUACCUGCUGAAGGGCCCCGAUGGCGAGGUGCUGUACAUCGGCAAGGCCAACUCUUUGCGCGCGCGGGUGCGCAGCUAUUUCCGCCCGGAUCGCUCCCAGUCGCUGCGUACGCUCGAGCUGGCGCGCCGCACCGCAGAGGUGGAGACCAUCGUGGCCGGUUCCGGCGCCGAGGCGCUGAUCCUGGAGGCCAACCUCAUCAAGGAAUACCGCCCCCGCUUCAACAUUCAGCUGCGCGACGACAAGAGCUAUCCCCACAUCAAGGUGACCGUGGCCGAGCCCUUUCCCCGCGUGUUCGUGACACGGCGGCUGCGCCAGGACGGAUCGCGCUAUUUCGGGCCCUAUACUUCAGUAGGAUUGAUGCGGCAGUCGCUGGAGGUGGUGAAGCGGCUGUAUACGGUACGCUCCUGCCGCUAUCAGCUUCCCCGCGAAGCUCCGGCGCGUCCCUGCCUCGAUCACCACAUCGGACGUUGCCAGGCGCCCUGCGUGGGACGCCAGAGCCAGGAGUCCUACCGGGAGAUGAUCGAGGAGAUUCUGCGAGUGCUGGGGGGAGAGACCCGGGCUGUGCGCGGGCGGGUGGAGGCUCGCAUGGAAGCAGCCGCGGAUGCGCUCGACUUCGAAGCCGCGGCGCGGCACCGCAACGUGCUGAAGGGGCUGGAUGCGCUCAGCCGCCGCCAGCGUGCCUACCGCCUGGGGGGCGGGGACCAGGAUGUGAUCGGCCUGGCGCGGGACGGCGAGCUUGGCACCGCCGUGGUGCUUCGCAUCCGGGAAGGCAUUCUGCUGGGCCGCGAAACGCGGCGUCUCUCGAGCCUGUCCGACGAGGACGAUGGAACGCUCCUGGGAGCGGUGGCCUCACGCUUCUAUCUGGGAUCGGGGCGGGAAGUGCUUGUCCCCGCCGAAUUCGAGGAUCGCACGGUGCUCGAGAGCAUCCUCAUCCUCAGUCGGGCUGCCGGGCGCAAGGUCGUCUUUCACCGGCCGCAGCGGGGCGACAAGGUGAGGUUGAUCGAACUGGCCAACGCCAACGCACGCCAUACCAUGGAAGACCGCGUCACCGCCCUAGAAUACGCGGCCGACCGUGCCGACGAAGUGCUGUACGACCUGCAGAACCGACUCGGGCUCAAGGUGGUUCCCCGCCUGAUGGCUUGCCUGGACGUUUCCCACACGCAGGGAACGGACGUUGUCGCCAGCGUGGUGGUCUUCGAGAACGGAGAGCCGCGCAAGGCCGGAUAUCGCCGCAGGCGCAUCCGUGGCGACUGGGGCAACGACGACUUCCGCUCCAUGGAGGAAGCCGUCUCCCGCUACGCGAAGCGGCUGGUCCGGGAGGAGGCGCCGGUUCCCGACCUCGUGCUGGUGGAUGCUGCUAGUCAGGCGCUGCGGCUUGGCGUGCUGCAUACAGAUUCCGUUCGGGUGCGGCUCGCAUUAUGCGCCAACGCGCGAGGAUGCGCUGUGUUCCUGCUUGGUCGGGCCGGCCCCGUGCGGAUGGGGCGCGCGGACCGUUCACUACAUCUUCUGCAGCGCAUGCGCGACGAGGCCCAUCGUUUCGCGAUAUCCUACAAUCGCCAGCUCAGACGACGCCGCACCAUCCAGAGUGAACUCGAGCAGAUUCCCGGGAUCGGCAAGAGUCGGCGCCAGACGCUCCUGGCCCGUUUCGGGUCGGUGCGCGGCGUGCGGUCGACGAGCCAGGCCGAGAUCGCCCGGCUGCCCGGCUUCAGCGACGUGCUGGCGACGCGGGUCCUGACGUAUCUCGGCAAAUAG